GGGGUUGUGAUGGGGCGGGGCCGCCUCAGGCGGGGCGGGCCGUGCAUGGCGGAGGGCGCGGCGCUGCGGGCCGUGAGGGGCUGCCUGGCCGCCUUCCCGCGGGAGGCCCGCGAACUGGGCUGGCCGGAGUCCGUGCCCUAUCUUGAUAGGCCUCCGUCCCCGCUGGAGUUUUAUCGGGAGUUCGUGAGUCCGAAUAAACCCUGUAUAAUUCGCAACGCCAUCAGCCACUGGCCGGCCCUGAAGAAAUGGACCUCAGCGUACCUCAGGGAGGUGGUGGGUCCCAAGGUGGUGAGUGUGGCAGUGACACCAAAUGGUUAUGCAGAUGCAGUGUUUCAGGACCGUUUUGUCAUGCCAGAGGAGAAACAAAUGCCUUUCACGGACUUUUUGGACAUUGUGGAGAAGAAAGUGACCUCUCCCAACGUAUUCUAUGUGCAGAAGCAGUGUUCAAACCUCACUGAGGAGUUCCCUGAACUUGUCUGUGAUGUGCAGCCUGACAUACCAUGGAUGAGUGAGGCACUGGGGAAGAAGCCUGAUGCUGUGAAUUUCUGGCUUGGGGAAUCAGCUGCUGUGACAUCCUUACAUAAAGAUCAUUAUGAGAACUUGUACUGUGUGGUGUCUGGAGAGAAAUAUUUUCUACUGCAUCCACCGAGUGACCGUCCCUUCAUCCCAUACGAGCUCUAUCAGCCAGCAACCUACCAUGUAUCAGAAGAUGGUUCAUUUGAAAUUGUGGAUGAGAAGACUGCAGAGAAGGUGCCCUGGAUCCCUCUGGACCCCUUGAACCCAGAUCUAGAACUGUAUCCAGAGUAUGCUCAGGCAAAACCUUUACAGUGUACAGUAAAAGCUGGUGAGAUGUUAUAUCUGCCUUCUCUCUGGUUCCAUCAUGUUCAGCAGUCACAUGGCUGCAUUGCAGUGAAUUAUUGGUAUGACAUGGAAUAUGACAUUAAGUACAGCUAUUAUCAACUACUAGAUUGUCUCACAAAAACUGUGAAAAUGCUAUAGCAGCCGUGGGAGACUCGAGCUUCUGAUAUCUGUUUCUGAUGUGAAACAAUCAUCAGCAUCUGUGACUGGAGUACAAACAUGAUUCCCCGCAAAAGAACUGAACGUUAAAUUAUGGUCAACGAAGCCUGAUGAACACAUCAUGGCCAUUUUUCUUGAUUUCAGACUGCAGACCAAUUGGGCAGAUUUUUUGGUUUGUAAGUAGAACUUUGAUAAUAGGAUUUUUAGGCCUUUGCAUGUUACCUCGGUGAUGGUGAGCAAAAUAAAAUGUGAGGGGAGACAAUCCAGGUUUUGAAAAUCCCAAAAUGGAAGCCUUGACUGUUUGUUCAGACCUGCAGGUUGUUUUCAUAAUAAUCCAAGUGGACAAGGAGGGAUCUGCUCUAUGCAUCAGGCUGCAAUAGUCCAAUGCAUGCAUUCUGCUUAAGGCAAAAGUCCGUCCUGUUGUAAUUUUCUAAGUUUAAUGGCUGUGGUGUUUUGAUUGUGAGAAACUAUAACUUCUGCAAUAAAUAGGUCAGUUUAAAGCUUAUUUCUGUACUAAUUUAUUUUUUUCCAAAGUAAACAAAGGCUAAAGGACACCUAAGAGGACAUGCAAAGGUCUAUGUUGGCUAUUUUCCAAUAAAAAGCUACACAUUUU